GGAAGAAGAGAAGCAUUUGAACAGCUUGCAAGAGGAUACUUGUAAGGUACGCACGGUCAGGGUUUGGCUAAUAUAACCCUGAGUUUCGCUGACGAGCGCCCUAACAAGAGCGCAUUGAAGAAGUACAGAGCAGACUAGGCUCGUUGCCAGCACUUACCUUAACUCUUGCGUAACGCCCUGGACGCAACAUUGAAGACCCUUCCUUCAAGAUGCCCGCAGACACUACCUCGGACAAACUCCUCAUUACAAUCGGCGCAGGAAAGCAGAGCAUUGCGCUCCUGUCAGUCCUUGUGCCCAAGUGGAAGAAUAUCCGUCUCGGUGUGCAUUCUGACGGAUCAGCGGCGCGACUCACCGGCGAGUUCCCCGACGCCGAGAUUGUUAAGGCAGAUCUCGACGACAUCAAGUCUGUUGAGAAACUGGUUAACGGCGUGAACGUGAUCUACCACUUUGGCCCCAGCCUCCAUCCGCGCGAGGCCGAUCUCGGGAUACGAGUGGUUGAUGCCGCGGCUGCCGAGAACCGUCGCAAUCCCGGCGUCAUUAAACACUUCGUCUUCUCCUCGGUUGCCGGUCCUCAAAUACGCAAGCUGCCCAAUCAUGCCUGCAAGGGCCUGGUCGAGGAGGCCCUGAUGGAGAGUGGUCUUCCUUACACGAUCCUCCAGCCGGGGUUUCGCAUGGAUGCGUUCCCGCUCAAGGCAAUUUUGGGACAACAGAACGCUGAAGACCCCAGCGCCCCCAUCAUCUACAAAUCUGCCUGGCGUCCGGAGGUUGUCACAUCGUUUGUGACACUGCGCGAUCAAUCCGAGGCGGCCAAGGUGGUUCUCGAGGAGAGGGAGAGACAUUUUUAUGCUACCUACCAGCUCGUGUCGACACCGGUGCCGAUGCCGUACAUCGAAUUUGUGGAACGAGCAGUUGGAACGGCACGAAGGAAAGUCAUGGUCGGGUAUAAGGGCUUCGAGGAAGCUGUGGCGUUUUAUCUGAACAUUAUCUUUGGAAGCGAGGAGCGGGCGGACCCCGAAGUUAGAGACGGGCUGCAGCGAACGUUGUUGUACUACAACCACCGGGGUCUGUUGGGUAGCUCGACGCAGCUGGAGUGGUUGAUUGGACGCAAGGGCCAGAGUGUCGAGGAGUGGGCGAGGACGGUCCUUGGACUGUGACGCAUUGGAAAUGCAAGGCACCUUGAACACAAUGUUAUUGUGCUUGUCGCCGCCAGGUCUGUGCAGAGCUAAGGGCGAUUGUCCACAACCGUCCCCUCUCUAUACAGAUCUGGCAUGGAAAUUUUUGGGCGGGUUGGAAGAUAGGUACCUUUUAGUAGAUGCAGUGGUUUAGCAGCUAUCUCGCAAAAAUUGUCAAUGGGUAAUGCUGAAGUGUUCACGAGUUCACACGAACUCUCUUGCCG